AUGGCAAAUGUUGCGAACUCCAAGGCUUACCACGAGAUGAAGCCGGUGAACGAGUUGGCCUUGGAGCAAGGAGAGCCUUUGAAGGAAGUGAUCGUGGCAGAAGCGACACCCAGCUACUUUGAGAAGAUGUUGGGAGCAGGUGAGGAGCCACCACCACAGCUCUCCCUGUACUACAGCAGCUUCAGUUUCCUUGGGGCUUUCGUGGGAAUGAGCGCCAUCGGCUUGCUGCACACCUAUGUGAUGAUGCCAGAAGCCAACAUGGCACUCUUGGUGGGCUCCUUUGGUGCGAUGUCCGUGAUUCUUUUCAGCGGAUUCAAGACUCCAGUGGCACAGCCCAAGAAUGUGAUCAUUGGCAACACCAUUGGUGGACUCGUUGGUGUGGUAGUCUUCGAAUCCAUGGCUUUGCUAGGCCUUCAACAGAUGCUGUGGCUGGGCGCUGCACUUGCAGUCUCCCUCACGAUCGUGGCGCAAGAGAUCACUGGCACCGUCCAUCCCCCAGGGGGUGCCACUGCCUUGAUUUACGUGAUCACACCUCCCGUCCAGCAUUUGAGGUAUUGGUUUGUUCUUUGCCCCUCCUUUCUGGGUGCAGUCAUUAUGGUGGCCGUGGCCUGUGUGACCAACAACUUGUCUUCUGACCGGGUCUACCCUCAGUACUGGUGGCCUUCUGCAGAAGAAGCGGAGUCGGAGGAGAGCGAGCCGGAGACCCUGCUGGGCAGGUACUUUAAGAAGUUCCAAGGUGCAAAGGCGAAACCACUUCCUGCUGCUUUCCCUCCCCUUGCUCAAACCUGGUGCAGUUUCUUGGGCGCCUUUGUUGGUGUGGCCACACUGGGAUUGCUGCAUGCCUAUGUCAUCAUCCCCAUGAUGCAUGAGACUCUGCUGAUUGGAGCCUUUGGUGCCAUGUCGGUCAUCAUCUUCUCCGCUUGGAAAGUGCCCUUUGCUCAGCCGAAGAAUGCGAUCAUCGGCAACACCUUGGGCGGACUGGUGGGCGUCUGUGUCUACAACUUUCUGCAGGCCUUUGGUUUGGGACAACAUGUCUGGUUUGGUGCAGCGCUCGCUGUGGCUUUGACCAUCCUGGUCCAGGAGAUCACCAACACCGUGCAUCCCCCUGGCGGUGCGACGGCUCUUCUCUUCGAGAUCGUGCCAAUGCUUCACAAGUUCGAGUUCAUGUAUGUGCUGACACCAUCCUUCCUGGGCACCGUGAUUCUGGUGCUCAUCGGCUGCAUCACCAACAACCUGGUGGCCAAGCGUCACUAUCCCCAAUUUUGGUUCCCCUUUUAG